ACAAUCCUGACCGUCGAAUUAUUUCUUUAUAGUUUGAGAUCUGAAACUCUUCAAUCCCUCUCUCUACCUCGCCGUCUCGAGCGACCCUUUUGGUUUCUCUGCCCUCAGGUCACCGAUCUUUCACUUCAAGAUCGCCCUUUUCGUUCUUGUAAGGGUUUGUUGAGAUCCGAUCGGUGAGGCAAAAAUGUUUGGAAGGCCCAAGAAGAGCGAUAACACCAAAUACUAUGAGAUUCUCGGAGUCUCGAAGAAUGCGUCGCAAGACGAUCUAAAGAAGGCUUAUAGAAAGGCCGCUAUCAAGAACCAUCCCGAUAAGGGUGGUGACCCCGAAAAAUUCAAGGAGUUAGCACAAGCCUAUGAGGUGUUGAGUGAUCCAGAGAAACGUGAGAUAUAUGACCAAUAUGGCGAGGAUGCUCUCAAGGAAGGAAUGGGGGGUGGCGGUGGCCAUGAUCCAUUUGAUAUAUUCCAGUCUUUCUUUGGUGGAAGCCCGUUUGGUGGUGGUGGAAGCAGCAGAGGCCGAAGGCAAAGAAGGGGAGAGGAUGUUAUCCAUCCCCUCAAGGUCUCCUUGGAAGAUCUCUACAAUGGUACUUCAAAGAAGCUCUCUCUUUCACGCAACGUAAUUUGCUCAAAGUGCAAGGGUAAGGGCUCUAAAUCUGGUGCUUCGAUGAAAUGUCCUGGCUGUCAAGGAUCUGGUAUGAAAGUUUCCAUCAGACACCUUGGCCCCUCUAUGAUACAACAAAUGCAGCAUCCUUGUAAUGAAUGCAAAGGAACUGGUGAGACCAUCAAUGAUAAAGAUCGUUGCUCACAGUGCAAGGGUGAAAAGGUUGUUCAGGAGAAGAAAGUUUUGGAAGUAAUUGUGGAGAAGGGUAUGCAAAAUGGACAAAAGAUUACAUUCCCUGGUGAAGCAGAUGAAGCGCCCGACACUGUAACUGGAGAUAUCGUUUUUGUCCUACAACAAAAAGAGCACCCGAAGUUUAAGAGAAAGGGUGAUGAUCUCUUCGUGGAGCAUACCUUGUCGCUUGUCGAGUCUCUUUGUGGUUUCCAAUUUAUUCUGACACAUUUGGAUGGCCGACAGCUACUCAUCAAAUCGCUUCCUGGCGAAGUAGUAAAGCCUGACCAAUUCAAGGCCAUCAAUGAUGAGGGUAUGCCAAUGUACCAGAGGCCAUUCAUGAAGGGUAAACUUUACAUCCACUUCAGUGUCGAGUUCCCAGACUCCUUGAACCCUGAACAGUGCAAGGCGCUGGAGGGCGUGCUGCCCCCCAGGACUUCAGUGCAGCUCUCGGAUAUGGAGUUGGAUGAAUGUGAAGAGACCACUCUCCAUGAUGUCAACAUCGAAGAGGAGAUGCGCAGGAAGCAAGUACAAGAGGCAUACGAUGAAGAUGACGAUAUGCAUGGAGGAGCGCAGAGAGUUCAGUGUGCUCAACAAUGAUUUUGAAUUGGGGGGAGGGAGCUACAGCAAUAACAUUGAUGAUUUCGAGAUGAAAAUUUUCGGAGAACCCCAAAUGGAGGAAAUGGAUCUAGCCAGCAGCACCACCAGGCAGCAGUCAUAUCCAAAUUUUCUCAAUAAUAGAUGAAUUUUAUUUUAAUUCAGUUGGUAGGAUUACGAAGUUUCUGGAUUUAUGUUUUUUGUUUUUCUUAUGUGCCUUUUUUUUUUCUAGCUUACCAAGAAUUCAAAGAUUAUGUAUUGAUUGGAGUUGCAGAUAAAUAGGAUUGGAUUGGAAAACAAAAAGUAUCUUUGGUUCUUUUCUCUGAACUGUGGUUCCAAGCAAAAAACACCCGACAUUUUUUCUUGUUC